AAAGAAAAUCAAAAUCACCAGUAACCAGCGAAAGUGCGAAACUUCUGGUGUUUUGAUUUUCCAUGUCUGUAAUUCUCCUAUCACUCUCCGAGAAUCCAACGGCUUAUUGAAGAAGAAACCGCCAUUAUUGUGGAGGAACCUGGUUAUUGGACCCUUUUAGAGAAUGGCGAGUUCUCUGCAGCGAGGCACUCUAAAACUUGCUCGAGCUAAUCGAUCGACACUUGCAUGUUGUGGGAGAUGGUUUUCUUCGGAUGCUUUGGUGGAGGUUAAACCCGGCGAGGUCGGCAUAGUCUCUGGGAUACCCGAGGAACACCUCCGAAGAAGAGUAAUUAUUUAUUCACCUGCUCGAACUGCAACACAACAGGGCUCAGGGAAAGUUGGGAGAUGGAAAAUUAAUUUUUUGUCUACACAAAAGUGGGAAAAUCCAUUGAUGGGUUGGACAUCUACAGGAGAUCCAUAUGCCAAUGUUGGUGAGGCAGGACUCAGUUUUGAUAGUGAAGAAGCUGCCAAGGCAUUUGCUGAAAAACACGGUUGGGAAUAUGUGGUCAAGAAGCCGCAUACACCUCUUUUGAAGUUGAUAGUGUAAGAAAUACAAAGGAUCCAGCGUGUACAUUCUUCCCCUGCCUGCUAAUCAGAGUCAGGUUUGGCAUUCUGUUUGUAAAAAUAACUGAUUUGAAUUUUAGCCCACUACAAAUUGUGUUUUGUCGUUUGCUUAUUGUAUUUAAAUUUACUCCUGUUUUUCUUUUCCCCCUAUUUCCAGCCCAAGUCAUAUGCUGACAACUUCAAGUGGAAGGGCCCAGCAAAGAACGAGGAUAAUUAACGUGGUGCAACUAUUACCAUCCAGAAUUCAUGCUUUAAAAUAAAAAGAAUCGAUCUUUCUUCUGUAUUCCUACUUGCCCAAGCUUAUAUUCGCAUUUAUACUUUGCUGUGUAGUUGUAAAUGUACCCGUCUGCUUGCUUCUGCCAAGAAAAGCAAUGAACAUUUUUUGUAUAUGUAUAUAAAAUUCUCUUUGCUGCGUGA